CUACCCUCCCUCUCGGCUCCCUUUUCGCCUCAGCCGCUCGGCGACUACCGUCCUCCGGCCUUCCCGCAGCCGGGGGCGGCUGAGGAAGCGAGCGAGUGAGCGAGGGAGGCGGAAAAGCAGCGAACGUGAGCCUUCGUCGAGCCCCGGUCCGGCGGGGCGGGCGGGAUGAAGAGGGGCGCUCCCCGCCCGCGGAGACUCCGACCACGUCGGCCAAAAAGGCGGCGGCGGCGGCGGCAGCUAGGCCCCGCCGCGGCGCUGCCAUGGCAACGGGCGGCGACGGUGGCCGCCGAGGGACAGAAAGGCUGCCCGAGCGGCGCCUGAGGCGCGCCGAGCGCCAGCGGCCGCCGCCGCCGCCGCCGCCUCUGAGGGCCGCCGCGGCUUCCGCCAUGGAAGGCCGGCCGAGCCAGGCCUCGGCGGCGGGAAAAGCCUCCCCUCCGCCGCCGCGCUACCGCCUGGUGUCGGAGAUCGGGCGCGGGGCCUACGGCGUGGUCUACGAGGCGGUGUCGGGCCGGAGCGGCGCCCGGCGGGCCGUCAAGCGGCUGCGCUGCGACGCGCCGGAGAACGUGGAGCUGGCCCUGACCGAGUUCUGGGCCCUGACCAGCCUGCGCCGCCACCACCCCAACGUGGUGCGCUUCGAGGAGUGCGUCCUGCAGCGCGACGGGCUCGGGCAGCGCAUGAGCCACGGCAACAAGCAGAGCGCGCUCUACCUGCGCCUGGUCGAGACCUCGCUCAAAGGUGAGAGGAUUCUGGGCUACGCCGAAGAGCCUUGCUACCUGUGGUUCGUCAUGGAGUACUGCGAAGGGGGAGACCUGAACCAGUACAUCCUCUCGCGCCGGCCCGACCCGGCCACCAACAAGAGCUUCAUGCUCCAGCUGACCAGCGCCAUCGCUUUCCUGCACAAGAACCACAUCGUCCACAGGGACCUGAAGCCGGACAACAUCCUGAUCACCGAGCAGUCGGGUGCGCCGGUGCUCAAAGUGGCCGAUUUUGGGCUCAGCAAGGUGUGCGCCGGCUUGGCCGCCCGAGGCAAGGAGGGCGGGAAGGACGACAAAAAUGUGAAUGUGAACAAGUACUGGCUGUCCUCGGCCUGCGGCUCGGACUUCUACAUGGCUCCCGAAGUGUGGGAGGGACACUACACCGCCAAGGCGGACAUCUUUGCGCUGGGCAUCAUCAUCUGGGCCAUGAUUGAGCGGAUAACCUUUAUCGAUGGGGAGACCAAGAAGGAGCUCUUGGGGACUUACAUCAAGCAGGGGACGGAGAUUGUACCUGUGGGGGAAGCGCUGCUGGAGAACCCAAGGAUGGUGUUGCACAUUCCUCAGAAACGCAGGACUGCCAUGUCUGAAGGGAUCAAGCAGCUGCUGAAGGACAUGUUGGCUGCUAAUCCCCAGGACCGACCGGAUGCCUUUGAGCUGGAAUCCAGGAUGGACCAGGUUACUUGCGCUGCUUAAACUCAGGUCAAAGCGUUGGCGGGCUCUGAAAGACAGGGAUUUUUUACAGGGACCCCGAGUCUCCCCGACGAACACGCAAACUAAGAAGAGUCUAUCUAACACGGACAGCAAGUUCUCUGAUAUCGUGAAGCUUUGAAACUCAUCUGGAAACCCCAAGACAUUCACGGGGGGGGGCAGGAGCUGCUGCUGCAACCGACUUCGUAAUAAAACUGUUAACUCCUCUUUUUUUUUUCCUUCUUUUUACAUUUCCCCCUUCCUUUAUUUCCUGCCAGCUUCAGCUUUGCUCGUUCAUUUGAUCGGUGCAAUUCAUUUGGAAUUCCUUUUUCACUUCAACAAAAAUACUGGGAUGGUGGGGGUGGGGCAAGCCCUGACAAAAUAAUUUUCUGUUGCUGCUAAUGUUAAGUACCAGAAUUCUGGGACAAAAUGUACAUAAAGAUUUCUUUUUUUCCCCUUCUCUCUUAAUGCCGUUGAGCAGGGUGAUAUUUAGUUGAGAGUAUGAAGAUCUGGUGACAAAAUACUUCUUUUUUUUUUUUAUUUCUGCUGCUUAGCCCCUAAAGCUAGAAACACAGUUGGAUAAGUAUUCCUGCUCCCCUUUUUCAAAAUGACCUACAUCCGGGGAACCUAAAUGCGUGACAUUUGAUGGGGAUAUUUAAGGCACACACACACACACACCAUUUUGGCUGCUGGGUUAGAAACUCCGAUCUAACCAUCACAGGAGCCUGUGUGUCUGUGUGCCAAAUUUUACAGAUCGAGAAAGGGCACGCGUGGGGUUUAGAAAGGAUGGUGAGCAUCCAUAGAAAUGGCCUUUGUGUAGAAAAAGCUAUCCUAAGUCUGUGUCUAGGCAUCAGUAGCUUAAUAGCUAGCCCUUGGCUGGCCAAAAUCAGCCAGCCUAAAAUCAAGUGAAUAACUUAACAUCAUUUUUUUUCCGAGUUUUGCACUUGGUCUGCUUGACAUUUCUUCCCUUCUGCAGAAGUGCAGGCCCUUUCUUAAAUCUCUAGGCCAGGGGUCGGCAACCUUGGCUCUUUGAUGACUGGUGGACUUCAACUCCCAGAAUUCCUGAGCCAGCCAGGCUGAGGGGAAAGGGAGAGGUUUCCAAGCUGAGCCAGGCUGGCUCAGGAAUUCUGGGAGUUGAAGUCCACGCGUCAUCAAAGAGGCAAGGUUGCCUACCCCUGUUCUAGGCCUAGGGCUUCUUCCGAGUGAAGAAGUAUCUUUCUCACCACUACAGCCUUGUGGCGUGUCUACAUUUAUGCAUACACCAGGAUGAUUCCCAAUUUUAAACAACUGCCCUAAGUAGCUAUCCCCUAAGAUUAUCAUUCCGUUGUUCUUGUAAAGCCUUAGCCAGUUGCUACUCUUCAGCUGACCGGCUGCUUUGAAUGACUCUCCUGCUCCUUUAAAUCAGCCUUAUAUGUUGGUCUGGCGGUUGCCACCGUUCCUUCAACAGAAGGAAGACACAGUUGGGUCAGCAUCGUAAAACUGGAUCCACACUUUGACUUUCACCCCUGGUAGAAGAUGAACCAGGUAAUUUGAAUGGCUGCUGAUGUUGUCCCUAAGAUUCUCAAGGAUUGGGUGCUGCAGCUAUUGAAACAGAUUUACCGUACACAAUAUUGGCAUUCCUUUCUUAUAUGCAGCCAGGUUUAGACCAGGAAUAUCCGUCUUAUUGUGGAUGUAACGUGGCUUAGAAGGUUUUUUUUCCAUUUGCAAAUCUACACAGCCCUGUUCAUGACUGACAGGACAGACAUCAAAAGAGGUCCUUUGAAGCUUGAGAUCCCAGAUGAACUCAACUAAAACUAUUUGCCAAGAGGAACACUGCUGGAUGUUUCUGUUAUCACCCCAAACUAGCCAGUUUGGGGGGGGGGAGAAGAGUGGGAUCCAAGUUUAAGGUGUUGACAAGCCCUGUUUGAAACCUGCUUGCCCCUAAUUAAGAUUUGAGGGCUCCCAUUUUCCCAUAUAGGGUAGUCUCAGGCCGGUUGGUCCAUUCAGCCAGGCACAAGCCCAUGUUAACGUUGCGGGUCAAAAGUCUCGCAUGCUUUUGUGUGGCUCCAGCCAAGGGACCCGGGCAUUGUCACGUCUGCACUUUGAGGGAAGUGUGCGUGGGUGCGCAUGUGUGUAGAGGAAGCCUUGACUUGGUUGCAGCUGAUGGGCUGUUCCAGCAAGCGGCCCUCGGUAGCUGAACUUAAUGGUGGCUUUUGUGGUGAUAACUUAGAUCUUUUAAGACUUGUGGACUUCAACUCCCAGAAUUCUGGGAAUUGAAGGCCACAGGUCUUAAAGCUGGUGGACACCCCUGCUUUAGACCUUAUUCAAGUGCCUUACUCAAGGAUUUUGAAAGCCUCUUGUGAGAAAUGAACGAAGCUAAGGAAAGCACUCUUUGGGCUGGGAGUUGUGUUUCAGCAUAGCCCCGGUCUCCACAUUUGCAAUCUAGUCCAUGUCGGUCUUCUUCUCGGUGGCCCACAAAACCUCUUUAGACACGGAUAAAUGGCUUCUUGGGUUGACUGCCUCAGUUGCCAACACGUUUCUAGAAGCUAGCAGCCUCUAAGUACGGUGUCCUCCUAAGAUCAUUUGCCCUCGUUCCUAAGGACGAGAGCCUCGGCCUGCAUCUGGGUGUGACCUUCCUUAUUUAACUUCGUGUAUGCGAUUGUGUUGUGUCACAAGCAAUAGACCUCCUGGUGUCUCCCGGAUUUCAGAGAGAAAGGCAGACCUCCCUCACCUCCACUCAGAAGCCCCCCCCCCUAGUCACCGGUCAAAUGGAUAUUGAAUGGACAUUGUUAAUUUAUUGUUGAGAACUCUCAGAUCUCGCUGGCGUAAAACAAAUUGUUCUCAUGUGUUGGCUAGGCCUUUGUAUUAACCUGUUUACAUCUAAGCUUGCCGUUUUACAGCUGGCGGUGUGGGCUGGAAUCUGACCUUGGGCUUUCCGGUUGAAAGUGAGGUGGGCACCUGAGCCCGGUCCAUUCAGAACCUUCCUCACGACUGGAUUCCUACUUUUCGUUGCCAGGAUGGGAGAAUCUAGCACCCAAAAUGCACAGUUGGGCAGCUUUUCUAAGGGCGCCACAUGCCAUCCACGCACGCCGGUCCUCUCCUUGCACAUCCGGUGAGAUCUUCCCGUUUCCUUUUUACGCGUUGGCGGUCCGUUCUCCAUUUGGCAGGCAGGGGAAUGAAAAAGAGAGCGCCAAACCUGGAUAGUUCUGUGUCGUCAAGAAACUAACGUUUGAACUCACCCCGUUGACUCUGAUCAGAUUCUAAGCCAGGGGUGAGGAACUGUGGCCCCCUUUUAUGAUCUCUGGAUUUCAACUCCCAGAAUUCUUCAGCCAGGAAUUCUGGGAGUUGAAGUCCACAGGUCAUAAAGGCACCGUAUUCCCCGCCUCUGUUCUAGACCCCCCAAAAAACUCUAGGCUUAACCUCUUUGGCACAGUUGCCUAUCGGUAUCUCUUCCUUCUUCUCACUAUAUCUGACUACUUAAAUGUAGCCUUUACAAAGUCCACAGCUGCUGUCAUCUCCAGCUGGAUUGUAGGACACCAUUCUUGAUAGACCCAAGGCAUGGUUAUAAGUUGGGGGGGGGGUCUUCAAACCUGGCCCUUUGAUGACUUGUGGACUUCAGCUCCCAGAAUUCCUCAGCCAGGCACGCUGGCCGAGGGAUUCUGGGAGUUGAAGUCCGCAAGUCAUAAAAAAGCCCAAGUUUGAAGACCCCUGAUCUAAUCUCUCUGCAAGCUGGUUGUUUUCCAGGCCGUGCCUUCAGCUGACCCACGCCAGAGAGGCAGGGACUCAAAUCCUCAGGAUCUCCAGUUCUUCCUGAUCUUGUGCUGAAGCGUUGAGGUGCUCCUCAUCGGCUUCGUGUUCUCCUAAUAUCUUUGCUCCCUCAGGUUCCCACUCUGGGCCGUCUCGAAACACUGCCAGAGUCUUGAAUAGAGCAAUAAUCUUUUUUUUUUUUUUUUGUCUGUGUGUGUGCGCGUGCGAGAGAGAGAGACAGAUUCCUCAACAUAUUACAGCAGGGGUCUUCAAACUUGGCCCUUUUAGGAC